CACUGCAACAGCGCAGUAAUUUUUUUAAUUGCCUAAUAAUAUAAAAUUAUUUUGUUAUUUAUAGUCGCCUAGAUGAGUCGUCAAACGAUAGUUUUCUUGAAAUCGGAAACGGAGAGCUCCGAUAUGUAUAAUGACGUUCUACGAGAACAUGGGAAGAACGUUAUAUUCGUUACUACACUAGUAUUUUGUUUUAAAAAUCUUGAUGAUUUACGAGCGAAAUUAUUGCAGCCGGACAAAUAUUCCGGUAUAAUUUUCAACUCGCCACGUAGCGUAGAGGCAGUGGAAAAUGCGUUGAAUGAUAUGGAACUUAAUCCUGGUUGGAAAUUGUUACACAAUUAUGCUGUCGGGGAAUUGACACAUAAUUUAGCAAUGCAGAAUUUACAACAACUUUUCACUCACGGCAAACAAAGUGGAAAUGCAGCCAGCCUAUCACAGUUCAUAAUUAAUAAUUUUGAUGGCAACAAGGAACGACCAUUGCUUAUACCUUGUGGAAAUUUGCAAACAGAUGCCCUGCGCACAAAUUUAACUGAGAAUGGUUUUGAUGUGGAAACUUGUGAAGUGUAUGAAACAAAAUGUAAUCCAGAUUUGGCUGAAAAUUUGGAAACUGCACUCAAAGACGAUACCGUUGAUACACUGACCUUCUUCUCACCGUCAGGCUUCAAUUGCACCUAUGACGUAUUCAAAGCAAAAAAUCUGUCUUUCGAUAAAUAUAAAUUGGUUGCAAUUGGACCCAGCACACGUCGUGCAAUAGAAUCUAAAGGCUGUAUUGUGCAUCGCACUGCAGAACGUCCAAAUGUUGAAUACAUUGUGAAAGCGUUAUUAGAAACAGAAGGAAAUACCAAAUAAGACUGAUGCUGGUUUUAAGUUGAAGCAACAUUGUCUAACAAUGUAUUUAAAAAAUAUGAAAAAUCAUAAAAAAAAUUUUUCUAAAAGCUUCAAA